AUGAGUGACGAAAAUUUAGCAGAAGUCUCUGUGUCUCAGAAGUCCCGUUAUGAGUACACGGAUAAUACUGCGAAGCAUGCCACGCUGGCGCCCCACUUUCUUGGGCUGAAUUCGGUAUCAAGGGCGGAAGAUUCUCCCUUAAAAGAGUUUGUAAGGCUACACGGCGGACACACCGUUAUCUCCAAGGUUCUCAUUGCGAACAAUGGUAUUGCAGCUGUUAAGGAGAUUAGAUCAGUAAGGAAAUGGGCAUAUGAAACCUUUGGCGAUGGUUCAACGAUCCAAUUUGUUGUUAUGGCUACACCAGAAGAUCUUGAAGCCAAUGCCGAAUAUAUAAGGAUGGCAGACCAAUAUGUUGAGGUCCCAGGUGGUACGAACAAUAAUAAUUAUGCAAAUGUUGACUUAAUUGUUGACAUUGCAGAGCGUGCAAACGUUGAUGCAGUUUGGGCAGGUUGGGGCCAUGCUUCUGAGAACCCACUGCUUCCUGAAAAAUUGGCAAGUUCCAAAAGAAAGGUUGUCUUCAUUGGCCCCCCAGGUAACGCUAUGAGGUCCCUUGGUGAUAAGAUUUCAUCUACAAUUGUUGCGCAACAUGCAAAGGUUCCUUGUAUCCCGUGGUCGGGUACUGGUAUUGACGAAGUUCAGACAGAUGAAAAUACUGGCUUAGUUUCUGUGACUGAUAAAGUCUACAACCUAUGCUGUUGUUCAUCCCCAGAGGAUGGGCUUGAAAGAGCCAAGGCUAUUGGUUUCCCAGUUAUGGUGAAAGCCUCAGAAGGUGGUGGUGGUAAAGGUAUUAGAAAAGUCGAACGUGCGGAGGACUUUGUUGCGCUAUAUAAGCAAGCUGCCAACGAAAUACCAGGGUCUCCUAUCUUUGUUAUGAAACUAGCUGGAAAAGCCCGUCACUUGGAAGUGCAACUGCUGGCCGAUCAAUACGGUACUAAUAUAUCUCUUUUCGGACGUGAUUGUUCUGUCCAAAGACGUCAUCAGAAAAUCAUAGAAGAGGCACCUGUAACGAUUGCCAAGCCGGAGACUUUUACAGAAAUGGAGAAGGCUGCCGUAAGACUGGGUAAAUUGGUGGGUUACGUAUCAGCCGGUACUGUGGAAUAUCUAUAUUCUCAUGAUGAUGGGAAGUUUUAUUUCUUAGAAUUGAACCCUAGAUUACAGGUUGAACAUCCAACUACAGAAAUGGUUACUGGUGUUAAUCUACCGGCUGCUCAGUUGCAGAUUGCGAUGGGUAUUCCUUUACACAGAAUCAGAGAUAUCAGGCUUUUGUAUGGUCUAGAUCCAUACACUGCAACUGAAAUUGACUUCGAUUUUUCAUCUUCUGGAUCUCUAAAAACUCAAAGAAAACCCAUUCCAAAGGGACACUGUACUGCAUGUCGUAUCACAUCAGAAGACCCUAACGAAGGUUUCAAGCCUUCUGGUGGUUCGUUACACGAAUUGAACUUCCGUUCUUCAUCCAAUGUUUGGGGUUACUUCUCAGUGGGUAAUAAUGGUGGUAUCCAUUCAUUUUCUGAUUCUCAGUUUGGUCACAUAUUUGCAUUCGGUGAAAAUAGACAAGCAUCUAGGAAGCACAUGGUUGUUGCUUUGAAGGAGCUAUCAAUUAGGGGUGACUUUAGAACUACGGUUGAGUACUUGAUUAAGUUAUUAGAAACAGAAGAUUUCGAAGAUAAUACGAUUACUACUGGCUGGUUGGACGAUUUAAUCUCUCAAAAAAUUUCCGCUGAGAAGCCUGACGAAAUGCUAGCUGUUAUUUGCGGUGCUGCUACAAAAGCUCACAUCUCAUCAGAAAAAGCUCGCGAGGAAUAUCUUUCUUGUCUAAAGAGGGGUCAAGUACCAAACAAGAACAUGCUUCAAACUAUGUAUCCAAUUGAAUUUAACCAUGAGGGAAAGAGAUAUAAAUUCACUGUCGCCAAAUCGGCUGAUGAUCGGUACACGCUAUUCAUCAACGGCUCGAAAUGUGACGUUGGUGUUCGCAAGUUAUCCGAUGGAGGACUAUUGAUCGCUAUUGGAGGAAAAUCACAUACUGUGUAUUGGAAGGAAGAAGUCGCUGCAACCCGUUUGUCAAUCGACCAUCAAACUACGAUGUUGGAGGUUGAAAAGGAUCCUACACAAUUACGUACACCUUCCCCUGGUAAGCUUGUUAAAUUUUUGAUAGAAAGUGGUGAUCAUAUUUCUGCUGGUCAGCCGUACGCAGAGGUCGAAGUCAUGAAAAUGCAGAUGCCUUUGAUAGCAACCGAGAGUGGUGUUGUACAACUUUUGAAACAGCCUGGAUCAACUUUAGCCUCUGGCGAUAUUUUAGCGAUAUUGGCCUUGGAUGAUCCUUCAAAGGUCAAGCACGCUUUACCUUUUGAAGGUAUGCUUCCUGAAAUGGGCGCUCCUAUCAUUGAAGGUACUAAACCUGCGUACAAGUUUAGAUAUCUUGUUUCCACUUUAGAAAACAUUCUAAAGGGCUACGACAAUCAAGUUGUCAUGAGUGCGUCCUUACAAAAGCUUAUUGAAGUUUUGAGAGAUCCUGAAUUACCAUACUCUGAAUGGAGAAUGCAAGUGUCUGCAUUACAUUCUAGGCUACCUGCUCCUUUGCUUCAACAAUUAGAGCGUCUUGUUGAACGUUGCCAUAACCGCUCUGCUGACUUCCCAGCGAAGCAGAUGGGCAAAAUUUUGGAUAGUGCUCUUCAGGAAGCGAAUGGCGACCCGCUAUUUGCCACAGCAAUUGAACCAUUGACUUCUAUUACCCGUCGCUACAAGGAUGGGUUACAGGCUCAUGAGUUUUCUGUGUUUGCUAGUUUCCUUGACAACUACUACUCUGUUGAGAAGUUGUUCUCAGGAAGUAAUGUACGUGAGGAAGAUGUUAUAUUAAAAUUACGUGACGAAUACUCUGCAGAUCUCAACAAAGUUGUGCUUACUGUUCUAUCACAUUCACGUGUUUCUGCAAAGAAUAACUUGAUUUUGGCAAUUUUAAAGCAUUACCAACCUUUAUGCCAAAUGUCUACCGAAAUAUCUUCACACCUUUCUUCUUCUUUGAAACGCAUUGUUGAGUUAGAGUCUAAAGUAACCGCAAAAGUUGCGCUCCAGGCUAGAGAGAUUUUGAUUCAGGGUGCAUUACCCUCUAUAAAGGAAAGGACAGAACAGUUAGAACAUAUUUUAAAGAGUUCCGUUGUUAAGUUGACUUACGGACUAACGGAGACUCUCCGUAUGGACCCAGAUAUUGAGGUUCUCAAGGAUUUAAUUGAUUCUAAUUACGUUGUUUUCGAUGUUUUGGCACAAUUCUUGAAUCAUAAGGAUAACGGUGUUGCCGCUGCCGCUGCCGAGGUCUAUAUCCGUCGUGCUUAUAGAGCAUACACUAUUGGAGACAUUAAGCACCAUUCUUCAUUUGAUUCACCAGUGGUUGAGUGGAAGUUCCAGCUUCCUUCAGCAGCUUUUACUUCUCGUCCUCAAGUGACUUCUAAAUUGGGUGUGCAAAGAGCUAUAUCUAUCUCAGAUAUGACUUUCAUAUCCGAUGCAGACAAUCAACCAUUGAGAACGGGUAUUUUGAUUCCUGCUGAUCACUUAGACGAUGUGGAUUCAGUUUUGGCAAGCGCUUUAACUGUAAUUCCAUUGCAACAAAAUACAGCUGGCCCUGCACCUGAUAGGUAUGGGACAUCUGGUACGUUAUCAAAUGUUGCAAAUGUUUUUAUUUCCUCUAUAGAAGGUUUCGAAUCUGAAGACGAUGUUUUGAAAAGAUUGAGAGAAAUUUUGGACAUGAACAGACAGGACUUGAUUGCUUCUUCAAUUCGUCGUAUAACUUUUGUCUUUGGGUACAAGGAUGGUUCCUAUCCAAAAUACUAUACCUUCAGAGGCUCUGAAUACACAGAAGACAAGACCAUCCGCCAUAUAGAACCUGCUUUGGCCUUCCAAUUGGAAUUAGGAAGAAUGUCCAAUUUCAAUAUUAAACCUAUUUUUACCAAUAAUAGGAAUAUUCAUGUGUAUGAAGCAAUUGGAAAGAAUUCUCCUAUUGAUAAGAGGUUUUUCACCAGAGGUAUAAUUAGAACUGGUAGAAUCCGUGAUGAUAUUACAAUCCAAGAGUACUUGACUUCAGAGGCUAAUAGGUUAAUGCGCGAUAUUUUGGAUAUUUUAGAGGUCACUGACACAUCAAACUCAGACUUGAAUCACAUAUUUAUUAACUUCUCGGCUGUUUUUGACGUCACUUUGGAAGAUGUCGCUAACGCAUUUGGUGGUUUCCUUGAAAGAUAUGGAAAGAGGCUUUUAAGACUACGUGUCGCAGCUGCCGAAAUUCGUAUUAUGAUCAAGGAUUCGGAAACAGGGUCUCCAAUUCCACUCAGAGCACUAAUAAAUAACGUGUCUGGAUACGUUGUAAGGACAGAAUUCUAUACAGAAAUUAAGAAUUCACAAGGAGAAAGGAUUUUCAAGUCCUUAGACAAGCCUGGCUCAAUGCACUUAAGACCAAUUGCAACACCUUAUCCUGUCAAAGAAUGGUUACAACCUAAACGUUAUAAAGCCCAUUUGAUGGGAACCACUUACGUUUACGAUUUCCCUGAAUUAUUCCGUCAAAGUACCAUCACCCAAUGGAGGAAGCAUGCUCCUAAGGUAAAAUUAAGUGAUAACUUCUUCAUCGCCAAUGAAUUGAUUGUUGAUCAGGAUGGUGAAUUGACGGAAGUGGAUAGAGAGCCCGGUGCUAACAACAUUGGUAUGGUCGCAUUCAAAGUUACUGCCAAAACUCCAGAAUACCCACACGGUAGACAGUUUGUUAUUGUUGCGAACGACAUUACAUUUAUGAUUGGUUCUUUUGGUCCCCAGGAAGACGAGUUUUUCGAUAAGGUUACUGAAUACGCAAGGAAGCGUGGUAUCCCAAGAAUUUAUUUAUCUGCAAACUCUGGUGCCAGAAUUGGUCUCGCCGAUGAAUUGAUACCCUUGUUUGAUGUUGCCUGGAACGAUCCUUCUAAUCCUGCAAAGGGUUUCAAAUACUUAUACAUGCGUCCUGAAACAAUGGAAAAGUUGAAGAACCAGGGUAAGGAACAUGUUGUCUUAACUGAGCACGUUGUUGAAAAUGGGGAGACGAGACAUGUUCUAAAGGCUAUUAUCGGUUCAGAGGAAGGGCUUGGUGUUGAAUGUUUGAGAGGUUCUGGUCUGAUUGCCGGUGCAACUUCAAGAGCAUAUAAGGAUAUCUUUACAAUCACCCUAGUUACCUGUAGGUCCGUUGGUAUUGGUGCAUACUUAGUUCGGUUGGGCCAGAGAGCAAUUCAAGUCGAAGGCCAGCCUAUCAUUUUGACCGGUGCACCUGCUAUCAAUAAGGUUUUGGGUAGAGAUGUCUACUCAUCCAACUUGCAAUUAGGUGGUACGCAAAUCAUGUAUAACAAUGGUGUUUCCCAUUUGACGGCUCAAGAUGAUUUAGCUGGUGUUGCUAAGAUCAUGGAAUGGUUAUCAUACGUACCUGCGAAACGUAACCUACCAGUCCCAAUUUUGGAAUCAGAUGAUAAAUGGGAUAGAGAUGUUGAAUACUGUCCAAAAUCAGGUGAGCAAUACGAUGUCAGAUGGAUGAUUGAAGGUCGCGAUACUCCUGAUGGUUUCGAACCUGGUUUAUUCGAUAAGGGUUCCUUCCAAGAAACUUUGUCAGGAUGGGCUAGAGGUGUCGUUGUAGGUAGGGCUCGUUUGGGAGGUAUUCCACUCGGUGUUAUUGCUGUUGAAACUAGAACUGUAGAAACUUUAAUACCAGCAGACCCUGCAAAUCCUGAUUCCAUUGAAAGUUUGGUGCAAGAAGCUGGUCAAGUUUGGUAUCCAAACUCUGCUUACAAGACUGCUCAAGCAAUCAAUGACUUCAAUCAUGGUGAACAAUUGCCGUUGAUGAUCAUGGCGAACUGGAGAGGUUUCUCAGGUGGUCAACGUGAUAUGUACAAUGAGGUUCUGAAAUUCGGUGCCUACAUUGUUGAUGCAUUAGUUGACUACAAGCAACCCAUUUUCACUUAUAUUCCUCCUCUUGCAGAAUUGAGAGGUGGUUCUUGGGUUGUUGUUGAUCCAACCAUUAAUGCUGAGCAGAUGGAGAUGUAUGCAGACAUCGAUUCUCGUGCGGGUGUUCUUGAACCUGAAGCUAUCGUUGGUAUUAAGUACCGUAGAGAGAAGCUGUUGAACACUAUGGCAAGAUUGGACUACAAGUACAAGGAACUAAGCGAACAACUUGCUGACAGUAAUAUAACUCCAGAAAAGCAUCAAGAGCUUUCCAAGCAAUUGGCUGCACGUGAAAAACAGCUAUUGCCUAUCUUCCAUCAAAUUACCGUCCAAUUUGCCGGCUUGCAUGACCGCUCUGGUCGUAUGUUAGCGAAGGGCGUCAUCAGGAAAGAGCUGGAAUGGUCUCAAUCUCGUCGCUUCUUCUACUGGAGGUUGAGGAGAAGAUUAAACGAGGAGUAUUUGAUUAGAAGGUUGGAUGCUGAGCUUCCACAUGCCAAUAGGCUAGAAAAAUUCUCCAGACUAAGAUCAUGGUACCCUACAUCUGUUAACCAAGAUGACGACGCAAAGGUCUCAACUUGGAUCGAGGAAAACUAUCAAGUUCUAGAUGAACAUGUAAAGGCAUUGAAGGCGGAGAAAUUCGCUCACAGUUUGUCCAAGCAGUUCAGAAGCGACCGCGAAACCGCUUUGAAAGGAAUCAGUGAAAUUUUGAAGCUACUGUCCACCACCGACAAGGAACAGAUUUUGAAGAGUUUAGAGUAG